AUGUUCAGAUUCACCGCCCGUUGGUUCGGCACCCAGUCUGCCAGACUAGAAGCUGCUCCAGCAACCAUCCAGCCAUACUUGGCUGCCAAGCAGUUUGUCCCGGAGAAUGCAUCCAAAUCGAAGGUCAGAGCGUUGAGAAGAAGAGAAAACAGAUUGAAGAGACAAAUCAUUAGAGAUGUCAAUAACUUGAAGAAGCACUCACUCAAGCGUGAAGAAUUUAAGGUGGAUCCAGUGUUGGGAGCACAAAAUAACAAGUUCAUAGCCAGAAUGAACCAGGAGGUUCAAGAACCUUCCAACUUAGCAUAUGGCUAUAAGAGAGACGAAUUUGAGAAGCUCUUAUACGGAGCACAGAAGGCUGCGUUAGAAUCGAGCAUAGGAGGAGAGGUGAUUACAGAGCAGAUUGUAAACUUGGAAGAGAAGAAGAAGAGAGCAUUGUUGACGAUUUUGAACAUGAGAAACUCGGGAGUUCCAGACCGCAAGAAGUUAGCCAUCGAGUUUGCCAGAAAGGAGUUCCAGAGAUUCGAGGGUGACACCGGCUCUCCAGAGGUGCAGGCUGCCAUUUUGACCACCAAGAUUCACUUUGGUUUUGACCAUGUCAAGAAGGCCCCAAAAGACAAAGAUCACAUCCAGAACGUCAGAGAAUUGGUGCAGCAGAGACAGAGUAUCUUGAAGUAUUUAAAGUCUGACGAUCCAGAGAAGUAUUUUUACACCAUUGCCAAGUUGGGCUUGACUGAUGAUGUGGUGACCAAGGAAUUCAACAUGGACAAACAGUAUUUCCAGGAUUACAAGGUGUGGGGCAACAAGCAGUUGGUGAAGUUGUCUGAGAAGCAGAAGAGAAAGGAGCAACAGUUCGUGGAGUUGCAGAAGAAGGUCACCGAGUACAACCAAUUGGCCAGAAAGAACCAUGCCCUUUUGAACCAGUAA